GAAUUGCUCCCGAGAAUCUCCCACACUUCACACUACGGACGGCCACACGUCGCACAGUCAAACACGAGCGGCAUCAUCAAAGGCCAUCCUUGCGGACGUAACACGACUGACCAGCCACGCGCUGCUGCGGUCAACGCGAAUCUCGAGCUUGAAAAAAGCUUCCGAAGUAACCUCGUGACACACUUAAAAUCUGCUGAGCAUGGCCUGUCAUUCGGCUGCCACGACUUUCGCUCGUCAUGCCUGCCCCAGUCGUGCACCAUCUCUGCGGAACACUUUAUCAGCUUGUUCGCGACAACGACGCGGGCUGCAGCAGAGUUGUAAGAUUUCAACAAAGGCGGGUUGCGGCGUUUUAAGCCAUGUAGCAUCAGUAUCUCAUGUCCUUUCUCGCAAAGCUCAGCCUACGAGCUUGGCUAGCACGACAAGACACCUGUCUACAAGUUCGGGACUCAGGCGGCGACAAGAUGUCGAAGCCAGCAGCGCAGCACCCAAACAAGAAACGACCGCGUCGGAUCUCGACAGACUCGAUGUGCUUGGAGCCGUGCCGGUGCCAUCACAUUCUGUCGAAUUGUGCAUGGCAGACGGCUUCCAGCUCAACAGCGGCGCAGAGAUCAGAGGAGGCACUGGAGUGCUACUGGUGGGGGGCGAAGGGUUUGCGUGGCGGCCAUGGCUCGCUCGGGAUGGCAGCAAGCGGCUUGUCAAUGGCAAGGGACAAUGGGAUAUAGCUGAAGAGUCUCUGGCACUGCUGGGACUCGUUUGGCCACGCCCCGACAUAUUGAUAUUGGGCCUGGGUCCUGAAAUUAGACCUCUUAGCCCUGCGGUGCGAAGACAUGUCGCAAGCCUGGGCAUGCGCGUCGACGUGAUGGACACACACAAUGCUGCGGCGCAAUUCAACCUGCUGGUCCGCGAGCGUGGAAUUGACGAGAUCGCUGCAGCAUUGAUCCCUCUCGGCUGGAAAGAAGGACGCGGCGCUGGGCCGUGAUUUUCAAGUCAUCAGCCCGAUCAGCUAGUAUGAGAAUGCUCAUUAAUCCAAGCGCAUUAGGCGCGAGCCAAACUAAGCACCCUCAGUUAUGUUCUCAUCGCCAAUGGCCCCCGCUUACCUACUCGACCAUGGAAAAUACAUCCAUGGAUGAACUUAUCGGACAAUAGGCGUG